AUGACUAUGAUUGAAACCGAUCCAAGUCGAAUAUUAGAUGGUUGGGAAGAAGAUUUGUUUACUGAGUCUGAUGCUGAAGAAAUUGCUCCACCGACUCAUUAUGAACCUGAAGAUAAGUGGAGAGAUAUAAUUCAAGAUUCUUUUGAUUUUAGUGAUUCUCAAUCUCAAACCCUGAUUCGAGAAAUUAAAUUUGAAAAUAAAUUAAAGAGAAAAGAUUCACAAGAACUGAUUCAAGAAGUUAUUAAUAACUCAUUUACAUUUAGUAAAACCAAUAAAAAUGAUUCGGAUGAUAAACUGGUUAAGGAAUUACAAGCUGAUGACCCUUCGUUGAUUGAUUCUUUUACAUUCAACUCCCAAAGCAAAAGUAUUGAAAAACCAAAGACUCAAGAGAAAUCAGAUCAAAGUUUAUUAUCAUUAAGUUCCGAAAAGAAAAUUGCAAAUUCGCAAGUACCCAAGGAUACAAAAGAAACAAGUUUUAAACCAUUGACAUCUGAUUCAUUUACAUUUAGUUCUGAUAAAGUAAAUAGUGAAAGACCUGAAAGAUUAGAAACUCCAAGAAUUAAAAGUAGUAUACCUGCUACAUUUACCAAUACUGAAAACAAAUCAAAAAUAUCAAAACUUAAAAUACAAGAAGCAAGUAAUAUAUGUUCCAUAAAUGACUCAUUUACAUUAUCAUCCUCAAAUAGAUCAAACAUCAAUAAAUUACCAAUUCAAAAGGUUAAACAAGAACAAAAAAGUAAUUUACUCAUAACUGGUUCAUUUAUACAUUCAUCUUCAAAUAAAACAAACAGUCAAAAAUCAAAAUGCAUAAAUCAAGGAUCUUCAUUUGAAUUUAGUGAUGAUGAAGAAAUAUGGCAUGUUGCAAAUGAAGUGAUAAAUUCAAGUGCAACUGCUAAUCAAGUUAAACGUCCAAUAAGUGAAGAAUUAAGAAAUAAAAAUAUAUUAUCAUUAACUUCAUCACCUUCACCAAUUAAAAAACCACCAACUAAAAGAAUAUGUAAAUACAUAGUCACAUCAUCAUCACCAAUCAAAUCAUCACAGAAAAGGACACCACAAAUAACACAAUCACCAGUUGAAUCAUAUAAUUCCUCAAAAUCACCAAUUAAAUCUUCAUCAUCUGAACUCAGUAUACGUUCAAAACGGUCACCACCACAAUUUACAAAACCAGAUUCCGCAGCUCCUUCUAACUCAUCAUCUUCUGGAUUUAAUUUACCUCCACCACAAUUUAAAAUACCAAAUUCUACAACUUCAAAAUCACCAUCUUCUGAAAUCAAUAUACCGCAACCUAUAUUAUCACCACAAUUUAAUAUCUCUUCAAAACCAGAUUCAUCAACUAUAUCAUCACCCCCGCAUAUACAACAAAGAAAUUUUUCAUCAGCAACUGAAAAGAAACGACAACAGAAUAAUCAAUAUCACACCUUACUAUUAGCAACUCAAAAACCAACACUCAACGAACCAAUACACUCAGAUUCACAAUCAUUAUUACCACAAAAGAAAGCAGUAAAACCAAUUGUUUUAUCAUUUGAACAAGAAUAUGUCCUUAAACAAGUUUUAUCCGGUACUUCGUUAUUUUACACUGGUUGUGCAGGUACUGGAAAAUCAGUUUUAUUAAAAUCGAUAAUUAAGGAGUUACGUAAUAAAUUUAGUUCUGGAGUUGCAGUUACAGCAUCGACUGGUUUGGCAGCUUGUAAUAUUGGUGGGAUUACAUUACAUUCAUUUGCUGGAAUGGGAUUAGCAAAUGGGAAAAUUGAGCUCUUGCUAAAAAAAGUUAAAAAAAACAAAAAGGCCGUCAAAAGAUGGAUAGAAACCAGAGUAUUAAUCAUAGAUGAGAUUUCAAUGAUUGACGGUGAAUUAUUUGAUAAAUUAAAUCAUGUAGCCAAAAAAUUGAGAAAGAAUGAUAAACCAUUCGGUGGGAUUCAAAUUGUUGCAUGUGGUGAUUUUUAUCAAUUACCCCCAGUUGUGAAAAAAGUUAACCCUGAUGGAAGUGAUAAUCUGGAUGUUAAAACGGUUUUCUCCUUUGAAUCUGAUUCAUGGGAGGAAUCGAUUCAACAAACAAUAAUAUUACAAGAGAUAUUCCGACAAAAGGGCGAUCAAACAUUUAUUGGAAUGUUGAAUGAAAUAAGAGAUGGUAAAAUAUCAACAGAUUCCUUAAUUGAGUUUUCAAAAUUACAAAGAGAUUUAGAUUGUUCAAAUGGUAUAUUACCUGCUGAAUUAUAUCCAACAAGACGUGAAGUGGAUGCUGCAAAUUCAAGAAGAUUAAAAUCUUUACCUGGUGAUGUAGUCAAGUAUAAAUCUAUAGACACUGGAUCAAUUCAAGAACCACAAAGAUCUCAAUUAUUGGGAAAUUUUUUAGCAAAUUCUGAAUUACAAUUAAAAACACAAGCACAAGUCAUGUGCAUUAAGAAUUUCGAUGAGGCUCUCGUCAACGGGAGCCUCGGACAAGUCAUUGACUUCGUCGAUCGAGAUACUUAUAUGAAAACAAAUUCAAAUGAGAUGAUUGAUUCAAUUAAAGAUGGAAAAUUAAAAGAUUUCAUAUUCAAUGAUGAUGAUAAAAUUGAAACUACUGGGGAGAUUGCAAGACCUGACACUGAAAAAGAUUCAAAACGAAAAUUAUCAGAUGAUUUAUUAGGUGAUUUUAAAAAUACAAGAUAUCCAUUAGUCAAAUUUUUAUUACCUGAUGGUGUUUCAACCAGAACAGUAGUUGUUGAACCUGAACAAUGGACAGUUGAAGAUGAAGAAGGAAAUGUAUUAUUAUCUAGAGUUCAAUUCCCAUUAAUGCUUGCUUGGUCAUUAUCAAUUCAUAAAUCUCAAGGUCAAACAUUAUCAAAAGUUAAAGUUGAUUUACGAAGAACUUUCGAAAAUGGUCAAGCUUAUGUUGCAUUAUCUAGAGCAACUUCAAGAAAUGGAUUACAAGUUUUAAAUUUUAAUGAAUCAAAAGUAAUGACACACCCAAAAGUUGUUAAAUUUUAUCAAUCUUUAACUAGAGCAAAUGAUCAUAAAUUGGGACAACAAAAAUUACCAUUUAAAUCAAGAUUGACUACAUCAACAGCUACCAUAUAA